AUGCUUUGUUGUAUAUCUCAGAUCCUUCAUUUAAACCCAGAAAUUCCAGUUUACAAACCAGUAGCUGAACCAAAUGUUUUGACCAAGAAGAACACCAAUGAAUUGACCGACGAUGAAUUGUUGGCCAGAAAGUUGCAAAAAGAAUUUGAAUUAGAGGAUAGAAGAAACAGAAGAAAGUCUCAAGAAAGACGUAGACAACAACAAAACAGACUGCACCAACCACGUCGUAGUGAUGAAGAUUUUGAUGAUUCUCCUGAUGAAUUUGAACAAAUUAAAGAAACAUUUACCCAAGGUUUGGAAGAAGCUAGAACUACUUUAAAUGGAUGGGUUAGUAAUUUGGCUAAAAGAUUUGAUGGAAAUAGUGAUCAACAGGGACAACAGAAACAAUCUGAAAAUCCAAAAUUAUUUGGUGCUCUUGGAGGUUCCUCAUUCAAUGAAAACAAGAGAAAGUCUAAUAGAUUUGAUGAAGAUCCAGAAAUUAUCAGUAAUGAUUUUCAUGAUAGAAUUAGAUUGCAAGAUAAUGACAAUGAACAAACUCCAUCCUUGCCAUCCAGACCAAAAAAUUCUACCUCGGCAGAGACAGAAACCAACUCAAAGAAACAAUGGCAACCAUUGGAAACUGAAAAUGCUAAUUCCGAUGCAUUUUUAGUUACUGAUAGCGAAGAUGAAGAUAUAAUUGGAACCACAGCCACUGCACCAAGCAACAAGAAAUAA